AAGGGCUCAGCGCUGUCAGCGGCCGCUCUAGCUGGAGUUCCUCGCCUGCCGCCGGGACGCAAGCCCCCGGGACCCCCGCCGGGGCCGCCUCCGCCGCAGGUCCUGCAGCUGUACGCUAACACUCGACGCACAGAGGGCGGCGGUUCAGACUGUGAGAUGAUGGACACCGGAGGGAGAGACAGCGACAGCGACGCAGACGACGACAGCGACUCGCAGGACGACAGCGGCGCAGAGAGAGACGACGCAGAUGCUGACGCCAGAAUGACAUCAGAUCGCCAUGACGACAGAGACGAGGAUAAACACACAGGUCGCAGCGUGCGAUUCGCUGACAUGCCGCCGCCCAAAGAGAAGAGGACGAGGAGGGUGAUGAAGACGAAGAGCAUCACACCACUGCAGGCCAUGAUGCUCCGGAUGGCAGGUGUGUGAUCUCAUCAUCACGAUACCAGACCAAGUCAAGUCA